AUGGCAUCCCGUCAGAGGAACUCUGUCCGGAUCCUGUCCAGCCGGGAGCGGGGAUCAGAGACGUUUGGCUCCCGGCGGCUCCUGCAGCUGCUGGUGGAGGAGAAGGUCCGCUGGAUGAAAUGGCAGAGCCAGAAGGUGGAGCUUCCUGACAGCCCGCGAUCAACGUUCCUGCUGGCCUUCAGCCCUGACAGGUCUUUAAUGGCCUCCACACACGUCAACCACAACAUCUACAUCACGGAGGUGAAGACGGGAAAGUGCCUGCAUUCCUUGGUGGGCCACCGGAGGACCCCAUGGUGCGUGACCUUUCACCCCACCAUUCCUGGCUUGGUGGCCUCUGGGUGCCUUGACGGGGAAGUCCGCAUAUGGGACCUGCAUGGCGGCAGCGAGAGCUGGUUUACCGAGAGCAACGUGGCCAUCGCCUCCCUCGCCUUCCACCCAACGGCUCAGCUCCUCCUCAUCGCCACCAACAACGAGCUGCACUUCUGGGACUGGAGCCGCCCCGAGCCGUUCGCCGUGGUCAAGACGGGCAGCGAGACGGAGCGAGUAAGGUUGGUGAGAUUUGAUCCUCUGGGUCACAACCUGCUCACAGCGAUUGUGAAUCCAUCCAAUCAGCAGACUGAUGACGACUCCGAGGUUCCCAUGGACAGUGUGGAGAUGCCUCACUUCCGCCAGCGUUCCUUCCUGCCUUCCCAGCCAGUUCGCCGGACGCCGAUCCUCCACAACUUCCUGCACAUCCUGUCGUCCUCCCGCUCUGCGGGGCACAGCGUGGGCGCCGAGCAGCAGCAGCAGCUGCCGCCACGGCCUCCAAGCGACAGUGCUAGUGCCGCCGAGGCCCCCGGUACAGCGGGCGGAGCCUCCAUUCCAGGUUGCACCCAGCACCUGGGCAUGCUGUGCGUGUGCACUCGCUGCUCCGUCAGCCGGAAGCGCACGAUGCCCGCCGGCGCCUCAACGACGGCUACGCCAGACCCCAGAGUCUCGUCGGAGACCCCCCCUCUCUCCACCGCCUCUACCUUCUCCUCGGCACGCACGGAGCCCAGGCAGCCCACAGAGCGGCCCUCAGCCUUCACCUCCGUCUACUACAGCGCCGGCGCCUCCCUGAACCCCAUCAUGCCAAAUAUCUUGGAGCCUCUGUCGGCCCCCAGGCCCAGCCCAGACUGGACCCGCAGCCUGUUGAACAUGAGAGAAGUAGGGGUGGGUCCGUCCAUGCUGCCUCCUCGGACUUCCUCCUCCUCCUCGGUCAGCCUGCUGUCGGUGCUGCGGCAGCAGGACGGCUCGUCUCAGUCCCCGCUCUACACCUCUGCCUCCGAGGGCCGAGGUUUCUCCCAGCAGGGGGACACGGGGCCCCGGGAGUCGGCCGGCACCAGCAGCGGCCACCACCCGUUCUGGGAUGGCUCUCGGAGCUCCUCGGCCUCCUUCCGGAACGUCCUGCAGUGCAACCUGAGCCGUUACUUCCUGGAGAUCGACCGCAUAGACAUCGAACCGUCACUGGGGGGCAGCAUAGCCAACGGGAACCAGGAGCCCGGCCAGGAACUGCUGAACAACAACAUGGACACAGAGAGGGCGAGCCAGCCCUCCUCAUCCUCCUCCCCGACCAUCAUCCAUUACCAGCCUCCCGCCCCGCCCCCCGCCGCCUCCAGCAGCUUGGAGAACAACGUCCCUCCCCCGGCCUCCAGGGGCCACCUGAACCGCUGCCGGGCCUGCCAUAACCUGCUGACUUUUAAUCAGGACUCACAGCGCUGGGAGCGCACGCACCAAACCUCCUCCACCUCCUCUUCCUCCUCGCUGGAUGCACCCUCCUCUUCCUCUUCCUUCCCCUCCCCAGCAGCACCUUGGCAGCCGGAUGACAGCAGGCGGACACUAGAAGCUCAGAACCUGGAGAGGAGGGCGGUUCCUGAGCCCAUCGAGCAGCCGCCUCUGCCUCCUGCGGGGGCCGGAACCGUGGCCUUCCCUCUGGCCCCUCCUCCCAGCCAGGCCACCGAGCAGACGGUGGGCCUGGUCUACAACCAGGACACAGCGCAGUGGGAGAGGGUGUACCGGCAGGCAACCAGCAGCCGGACCGCCGAGCCACCAGAGGCCUUAAGCCAAGAAAUGCCUGUUGACCCCCCUGAUGAGGACUCGCUGCGGAGGCGGCUGCUAGAAUCCUCCCUGCUGUCGUUGUCUCGGUACGACAUGUCCGGAUCCAGAGACCACCCCAUCUACCCAGACCCGGCCAGACUUUCUCCAGCAGCGUACUAUGCUCAGAGGAUGAUCCAGUACCUGUCCAGACGGGACAGCAUUCGCCAGCGUUCCCUGCGAUACCAGCAGAACCACCGCAUGCGAACCAUGUCCACGUCCUCCGACAGCCCCGCCCCCAACCCCUCUGGCGCAAUGGACAACAGCGACGUGGACUUCGAGGAACUGGAUGAUCCUGCAGACCGAGCGAGACACAGGACACCAAGGAAUGCCAGGAUGUCUGCCCCCUCGCUGGGGCGAUUUGUCCCACGCCGUUUCCUGCUUCCGGAGUACCUGCCGUAUGCCGGGAUCUUCCAUGAACGAGGACAGCCCGGUCUGGCUACUCACUCCUCCGUCAACAGAGUUCUGGCUGGAGCCUCCAUUGGAGAGGGUCAGUCUGCGGUUGCCAGCAACAUCGCCAACACAACAUACCGCCUGCAGUGGUGGGACUUCACCAAGUUCGACCUGCCAGAGAUCAGCAACGCCUCCGUCAACGUUCUGGUGCCAAACUGUAAAAUCUACAACGACGCCAGCUGUGACAUCUCAGCAGACGGCCAGCUGCUGGCGGUUUUCAUUCCCAGCAGCCAGCGGGGCUUUCCUGACGAGGGCAUCCUGGCCAUCUACUCUCUAGCUGCACACAACCUGGGCGAGAUGCUCUACACUAAGAGAUUCGGUCCAAACGCCAUCUCUGUCAGCCUGUCUCCUAUGGGAUGCUACGUCAUGGUGGGCCUGGCCUCCCGUAGAAUCCUCCUGCAUCCUUCCACUGACCACAUGGUGGCGCAGGUGUUCCGCCUGCAGCAGCCGCAUGGAGGAGAGACGUCCAUGAGGAUGGUCUUUAACGUGGUUUACCCCAUGGCUCCAGACCAGAGACGCCACGUCAGCAUCAACUCGGCCCGCUGGCUGCCGGACCCGGCCAUGGGUCUGGCUUACGGCACCAACAAGGGCGACCUGGUGAUCUGCCGGCCGGUGUUCUACAGAAGCGAUGGUGAGAGUCCCGCUGAGCCCAGCAGCGAGCCACUGUUCUCGGUUAACAACAGCGGAACCAGCCGGACUCGAGGUUCUGACAGACCAGGGCCAAACCGCUCCGGAUGGAGGCUGGACAGAGACAUGGGACUGAUGAACGCCAUCGGACUGCAGCCGCGAAACCCCGCCCCUUCAGUGACAUCACAGGGCACCCAGACCCCGAUCAUCCAGCUGCAGAACGCCGAAACGCAGACGGAGAGAGACCUGUCGGAGCCCGGUGGUUCCCAGCAGCCUCCCAGUCUGAUGGCAGAAACUCCGUCUACGAGUCGAGCUGCUCAGACGGCUCCAGUUGCACCGGAAAACCGUGUAGUUCAGGACAGAGUCCAGACAGAAAGUUCUGCAGAGACCACCGAUUCUGCUGCAGGUCCGGCUGAGUCUGCAGAGUUUGUUUCUGGAGAAGACGCGCUGGCCCGGAUCCGCCGGCUGAUCGCCGAGGGCGGCAUGACGGCCGUGGUCCAAAGGGAGCAGAGCACCACCAUGGCCUCCAUGGGUGGCUUCGGGAACAACAUCAUCGUCAGCCACCGCAUCCACCGAGGCUCCCAGACGGGCCCCGGGGCCUCCAGGCCUCAAGCGGACCCCGGCACUCAGGCGCUUCUCGUCCCCCAGCCCUACCCCCUCCAUUCCCUGCAGGCUGAUCCUCCCGAGCGACUGUCCCCCAUGUGGGGCUCCCAGGUGCUGCGGGGCCCCCGGCCCCCAGGCCUCUCUGUGAGGCUGGACAUGGACGAUGUUUUCGACGGGGGACGAACUAAUGGCUCCCCCCCACAGGGUCCUUCCUCCUCCUCCUCCCUGCUGUUGUCCUCUUCCUCCUCCUCAUCCUCUCAAGGCCCCCUCCCCGGAAGUGGAGGCGGGUCUGACGGUUACCCUGGCGACCCCUACAGCAGGUAG